GUCUGCGGCUAUAAAUUCCACCGGCCUUCGCUGGUGUUCUUCAUCGUUGUGGAUCGAAUUCGAUAGACGGAAUUGAAUAAUAAAUGGCGUUCAAUUUGGUUCAUCAGGUUGGGAGUCUGUGCGGAUCGCCGAUGGUGAUGGUGGAGCCUGGAUCGGCGGCCCGGGCGGAUCCCCAAUCGGCGCCGGCGACGGUCUGGAAGCCCCAGGCGGUGGACCGACGCUUCCGGAUCCAGAUCGGGGUCGGGCAGGCCGAGAUGGAGACGGCUCCGCAGACGUGCCAUGCCCGAUCCCUGGCUCUGCCGGAUCUGUCGGCGGCGAGCGAUGCACCGGCGGCGGAAGUGAGGGAGCACCUCGGCGGGGGAGGAGGAGGCGCGGUGAAGGGGGUGCCGGUGUUCGUGAUGAUGCCGCUGGACACGGUGCGGCCCGGCGGGGGGCUGAACCGGAAGAAGGCGAUGAACGCGAGCCUGAUGGCGCUGAAGAACGCCGGGGUGGAGGGGGUGAUGGUGGACGUGUGGUGGGGGAUGGUGGAGAAGGAGCGGCCCGGGGAGUACGACUGGCGAGGCUACGACGAGUUCAUGGAGAUGGCCGCCCGGAUCGGGCUCAAGGUCCAGGCCGUCAUGUCCUUCCACCAGUGCGGCGGCAAUGUCGGCGACUCCGUCACGAUACCUCUGCCGCGAUGGGUUCUGGAGGAAAUGGACAAGGAUCCAGACCUGGCGUACACCGACCAGUGGGGUCGCCGGAAUCCCGAGUACCUCUCCCUCGGCUGCGACGCCCUCCCCGUCCUCAAGGGCCGCACCCCCGUCCAGUGCUACGCCGACUUCAUGCGCGCCUUUCGCCACCGCUUCUCCGAUCUGCUCGGCUCCACCAUCGUCGAGAUUCAAGUGGGAAUGGGUCCCGCCGGCGAGUUGAGGUACCCAUCGUACCCUGAGGGCGACGGCACCUGGAAGUUCCCCGGCAUCGGAGCAUUCCAAUGCUACGAUAAGUACAUGUUGAACAAUCUGAAGGCGGCGGCAGAGAAGGUAGGGAAGGCGGAGUGGGGCAACGGUGGGCCUGCGGACGCCGGUGGCUACAAAAACUGGCCGGAAGACACCGCCUUCUUCCGCCGGGAAGGCGGGUGGAAUGGACCCUACGGGGAGUUCUUCCUCUCGUGGUACUCCCAAAUGCUCCUCGAUCACGGCGAGCGCAUCGUCUCCUCUGCUACAUCGAUCUUCGACGACCUCGCCGGCGUCAAGAUCUCCGUCAAGGUGGCCGGCAUCCACUGGCACUACGGCACCCGAUCCCACGCCCCCGAGCUCACCGCCGGGUACUACAACACCCGGUACCGCGACGGUUACCUCCCCAUCGCCCGCAUGCUGGGCCGGCACGGCGCCGUGUUCAACUUCACGUGCGUGGAGAUGCGCGACGGCGAGCAGCCCAGCGAGGCGGAGUGCAAGCCAGAGGAGCUCGUCGGGCAGGUGGCCGCGGCGGCGCGGGAGGCUGGCGUGGAGCUCGCGGGGGAGAACGCGCUGCCGCGGUACGACGAGACGGCGCACGAGCAGAUAGUGAGGGCCGCGGCCUGCGGGCAGGAGAAGAUGGGGGCCUUCACGUACCUGCGAAUGGGGCCGGAUCUGUUCGAGCCGGACAACUGGCGGAGGUUCGUGGCGUUCGUGAAGAUCAUGGCGGAGAGCGGCGGAGGCUCGGCGGAGCACUGCCGUGAGAUGGCGGAGAGGGAGGAGGAGCUCUCGGUCCACGUGCCGCUCGUACAGGAGGCUGCCGCAACGCUCACCUGCGCUUAAAUAUUUAAAAGAAUUCUUUCCAAAAGAAUAUAAAACAAAAGAAUAUAUAUA